UCUGUAAACAAACAGGAGGCAUUACACAUCAGGCAUGCAUUUUAUUAAACUGGCAAUACUUACUGCUUUUGCAUUGGAAAUUGUCUCGGUUGCAAUUGCUUCAGAUGCAGCCAAGUUAGUUAUUACAGUAUCCAGUCAGUAUCAGGGUUAUCACACCGCUAAAGCAUACAGGUUGCGCGACAAUAUCAAAGAACAAGCAAAGGAUCUACAGGACGUCUCUGUCAAUAUUAUUUUGACGCAUGAGCUGAACUUAGCUAGCUCUUGGACCAUUGGUAACAUAUUGCCUGAUCUGAUAAAAAAUUUUGAACAUUCACAAUGGUACCUAUUUUGCGAAAUCAAUACAUUUAUCAGGUUGAAACACCUGACAGAUCUUUUAGGAAGCUUCAAUUCCUCACAGGACAUCUGGCUGGGACAUGCAGUUUAUGAUCACGAACCUACGAUAAUUCAUCACUUUUCUGACCAUACUAAAAAGUUCAAAUACCCAAAUCCAUCGUCGGGAAUUAUUAUUUCAGCACCACUCGUUAAAAAAUUAGCACAAAGAGUUGCCAACGGUGAAAAACCAGAAGGAGAAUUUUCCAUAGACGCUGCUUAUGAAUUUGCUACAUUUGUUUGGGAUAAUGGAAAGGGAACUAGGCUGAUACACGCUCCUGAACUCUGCGUAGUCUCUGACGACACUUGCGCUACAUAUCCUCAGCAUUUUCACCCUUGUGGCCAAUCGGUAUCUGUACAGAAGUUAUAUGUUGCCGUCAAAACUUGCAGUAAAUUUCACGUGCAAAGAAUUUCAGUUAUCAAGGAAACAUGGACUAAACAUGCCGCCAACAUCGGAUUUUAUAGUGACAAAGCAGAUCACAAUUUACCCGAAGCUAUAAUUACUCCGAAUACCACGCAAGGGCACUGUGCUAAAACUUACUCAAUUUUGAAACAUAGCAAUGAAAUUUUGAAGAGUAAAAAAUUGGAUUGGUUGGUUAUAACUGAUGACGAUACAAUCUUAGGCUUGGGAAAGUUGUUGCAAUUGCUGACUUGCUACAAUCCGUCCGAUCCUGUAGCUUUGGGUGAAAGAUAUGGUUUUCGUUUAUGGAAAAAUGGUGGAUACAACUACUUGACUGGUGGAGCGGGUUUGGUUCUAUCUGCUAAUCUAGUCCAGAAAUUGAUAGAACCAGGCUUUUGUAGCUGUCCAUCACCGUCCACUCCUGAUGACAUGUUUCUCUUUGGAGUAUGCCUUAAACGUCUGGGUACAGAGCCCACACAUUUACCACAUUUCCAUCAGGCCAGGCCAGAUGAUUAUCCAAAAGUAUAUCUCGCAUCACAAGAACCAGUAUCGUUUCACAAAUUUUGGCAAGUUGAUCCCAAACAAGUGUAUCAUGAGUGGUUCGCUGAAGAAGAUGCAUAUCUCUCGCCACCUAUUCAGCAUACGGAACUUUGAUUUUCCUCAAAAAUGCAACGAGACGUGUUUGCUUUAACAGAAUUAAAACUUUUUCAAAUGCAGCAAGAGAGGGAGAGCGAGAGCGAGAGAGAGAACCUUUAAUAUAAUUUAUAUAACAGAUUGGUAAAACAUAGAAGAUGUCAGUCUGCGAAUGGUUUUUCUAAGCUCCAUGUCGCUUGCAAUUCUAAUCAGCCAUUAUAAGCUAAGAAAUUCGUACUAAUGCGCAGAAUGCAAAUGAUGCAACCCCAAGACGAGACGCUCUUAUAUUUUAUUUGUACAUAAGUACUCCAGACAAAUGUAAUCAUGAUAAUAGCUGGUUUUAUUCAACCACUGAUUGCUCGUCCUUGCAACUAAUAAUGAGAGGUUUGCAGUUUUCCUACAAAAUACGCUUAUCACAUGUCUGUUGAUAUGUGUGAUCAUUACAGAAUUUAGAUUCAGUUAUAGCUCUUAAAAUGAGGGGUGUAUCGUAUGAUAUGUAAUCAUUGUUGUUUUUAUAUUUGAGUUGUAUAGGUAUAAAUAUGCGUGCGGCAACUGUCAUACACAAACAUUACUCGUAUGCACCAGAGGAUAACUGAAUGUCGUCAUUCAUAUACAUCUGACAAAUAUUAUUAAACUUAUUCAAAUCAGGAUUAAUAAUGCAGAGAUUAGAAGAGACAGAGAUUGAAAAAUUUUAUGACAAGUAUACAAAUAUAAAUAAGUACUUACUCAGGGCAGUCGGCUUGUGGCCUCAGGUGAGUAAAGUGCAACAGUAAAUAAUAUGUCAGGCUAAUGAACCAGUGAGCAUCAAAUCAAUGUAUAUUUUUGAAAUAAGGUCCUGUGAAUAAUAAAUUGUAUUCCUAA